AUUAUUGCUCAUAAAUCUGUGUCUCUACCCACACUCAUUAUUUUUUAUUGACUUGUAUUCUUUCAAAGCUUAUAAUAAACAUAAACAAGAGAAACCAUAAACUAAUAUGUCCAAAUAUAAGCAGAAAAUAAAGCUUUCACAUCAUUCUUCUAUCCUAGCUUUCCAUUGUUCUAUGAAAUAUAUAAAAGGAAGUGAUGAUGAAACUAUAAUAUUAAAGUAAAAUCAUCAUUGAAUAUUGUGUUGUUCACAAACAAACAGGCCUAGGAGAAACAGAUCCUUUAAAAAGGAAAUAACAGUAAUGCCCGUCAUAUAUAAGCAGGCUUUUGUUUUGUUUGUUUUUUUUCUUGUUUUUUCAAUUUUUCUGUUGUAUUUAUAAAUAAAUAAAAAACGAGACUUUCGUGCAUUUAAUCUCGCAACUUACGACAAAGAGUGUGCGAGAUCGAUACAGAGAGACAGAGAGAGAGAGCGAGAGAGAGAGAGAGAGAGAGAGAGAGAGAGAGAGAGAGAGAUCGGUCAGGUUUGCCGUGGAGAAUCAAGGGCCAGUUUCAGUUGUGGUGAACAGAGGAGGAAGAGACGUGAUUGUGUGGUUGGUUGGUGUGAGAGAGAUUAGAGAGAUAAAAUGGUUGGACCGUCGCGGCCUCAGAUCGUUCUAUUUGGAUCCUCCAUCGUCCAGAUGAGCUUCGGCCAUGGAGGUUGGGGCGCCAUUCUCUCCGAGGUCUAUGCUCGCAAGGCCGACAUCAUUCUGCGAGGAUAUUAUGGAUGGAACUCAACUCGUGCUUUGGAAGUUGUGGACAAAGUGUUCCCUAAGGAUGCUGCAGUGCAACCUUCUCUGGUAGUUGUCUAUUUUGGAGGAAACGACUCAAUGGCGCCUCACCCUUCUGGUCUAGGACCUCACGUACCAGUUACUCAAUACGUUGAUAACAUGAAGAAGAUCGCUCUUCAUCUUCAGAGCCUUUCAGACUCGACCCGCAUCAUAUUUCUUAGCUGCCCUCCAGUGGACGAGGCCAAGGUUCGUCAAAACCAAAGCCCAUACUUGAGCGAGGUGAUCCGUACAAACGAGCUCUGCAAGACUUAUUCAGACGCUUGUGUGGAGCUGUGCCAAGAGCUCGGCUUACAAGUAGUUGAUCUCUUCUCUACUCUUCAGAAAGCAGAUGACUGGGAAACCGUUUGCUUCACAGAUGGGAUUCAUUUGUCAGCACAAGGAAGCAAACUGGUGGCUGCAGAGGUACUGAGAGUGGUUAAAGAAGCGGAAUGGAGACCGUCGCUUCACUGGAAAUCGAUGCCAACUGAAUUCUCUGAGGACUCUCCGUAUGAUCUUGUUUCUGCAGAUGGCAAAAAGACUGUUAACUCUUCGGAAUGGACUUACUUUUGGGAAGAACAAUGGGAUUGAUUUGACCAUUACAAACAACAACAACAACAACAACAACAACAAGAACUUUAUAUAAUUUAUUGUUGCCUUGGCCAUUUUCGAUUCCAAUAUGUCUUAAUGUACUUUGUUUUAGAUUGUUUACUAGUUUAUCUUCUGAAAACGUUUUUAUUUCAAAGUG